GCCAAGUGGAACCCUACGGCAGGGGUGGCUUUUGAAUACGAUCCAGAUAAUGCCCUGAGGCACACAGUGUACCCCAAGCCAGAGGAAUGGCCAAAGAGUGAGUAUUCUGAGCUGGAUGAGGAUGAGUCCCAGGCGCCCUAUGACCCCAACGGCAAGCCAGAGAGGUUUUACUACAACGUGGAGUCCUGUGGCUCUCUACGCCCUGAAACCAUCGUGCUCUCGGCUCUGUCUGGAUUGAAGAAGAAGCUGAGUGACUUACAGACCCAGUUAAGCCAUGAGAUCCAGAGAGAUGUCCUGACCAUAAACUAG